CCCCCCCGACCGCUGUCCCCGGGCCUCCAAGCUUUGUGCCCAGGGAGGAAAACGCAAGGGGGGGCGGUCCCUGACCGGGGGGGGAGAAGAAAGAGAGCGGAGUGUGGUAGGCACCCCCUCCCUCGCCGCCUCCUUCCCUCCCCCCUUUUCUCUCUCUCCAUCGUUUGGCCGGGCUGCGCUCCUGCCGCCACCGUCGCCUCCAUUUUACCUUCCCUCGCUCCCUCCCCCCACCCCGCAACAGGAGCCGGAGCCGCGACGGAGGCGCUGAAGCGAGCGGCAGCGGGGCCGAGCGGGCUGGGAGCCGCGGGCAUGAGGGGGCGGCGCUGAGGAGACGCGGGUUGAGCCGACAUCUUGUCCCCCUCCCCGACGGUGCAAGCCAGUCCGUCCCGUGGAAGACCCGGUGCCGCCGCGGAGGAGGACUAGCAGGCGGCCCAGGGUUUUUUGAGGGGGGGAGUUGCUGCUAUGAGGAAACCUCGGAGGAGGUCCCAGCAGACCCUAGAAGGGAGACGUUCUCCUUCACCGUACAGCUUGAAAUGCUCACCCACACGGGAGACUCUGACGUAUGCUCAGGCCCAGCGUAUAGUGGAAGUUGACAUUGAUGGGCGUCUUCAUCGCAUCAGCAUUUAUGAUCCUCUAAAAAUUAUCACAGAGGAUGAGCUGACUGCCCAGGACAUCACAGAAUGCAACAGUAACAAAGAAAACAGUGAGCAGCCACUAUUUCCUUCAAAAUCGAAGAAAACUCAAUGUAAAGGCAAAAAAAGGGAGACAUGCACAAAACAUGCCCCUGGGACAUCUUGCCAUCUACCACAGCCUAGCUUCCGGAUGAUUGACUCCUUUAGCCAGCCAGAUGCUCCGCCCCUGCCUUUAGCAUACUAUCAGUAUAUUGAAAAACCACCUGAGGACAUUGAUGCUGAAGUGGAGUAUGAUAUGGAUGAGGAAGAUUUGGCCUGGCUUGACAUGAUCAAUGAAAAGAGGAAGAAUGAUGGCUAUGGGUCAGUUUCGGCUGACACUUUUGAAUUGCUGGUGGAUCAGUUGGAGAAGGAGUCAUACCUAGAGAGCCGUAACAAUGGGGCUCAGCAGACUCUGAUAGAUGAGGAUGCUGUUUGCUGUGUUUGCAUGGAUGACGAAUGUCAUAACAGCAAUGUCAUUUUGUUUUGUGACAUUUGCAACUUGGCUGUGCAUCAAGAAUGCUAUGGAGUGCCCUACAUUCCUGAGGGCCAGUGGCUUUGUCGCUGUUGCCUACAGUCCCCUUCCCGCCCAGUUGAUUGUGUUUUGUGCCCAAACAAAGGUGGAGCCUUCAAACAGACCAGUGAUGGUCACUGGGCCCAUGUUGUUUGUGCCAUCUGGAUUCCAGAAGUCUGUUUUGCAAACACUGUGUUUUUGGAACCCAUUGAGGGGAUAGAAAAUAUCCCACCAGCUCGCUGGAAACUAACUUGUUACAUCUGCAAGCAGAAGGGCAUGGGCGCAGCCAUCCAGUGUCACAAGGUGAACUGCUACACAGCCUUCCAUGUUACCUGUGCCCAGAAGGCUGGUCUCUUCAUGAAGAUUGAGCCCAUGAGGGAGACCAGCCUCAAUGGCACAACGUUUACUGUGCGCAAAACUGCUUAUUGUGAGACACAUUCUCCUCCUGGCACAGUGAAGAAAGGGUGUACGACUACUGUUCAUGAAGGAGAGGAGGGUGUUGCAAAAAAUGAGACUGAUGAAGGCACUCCCAAGAGCAAGAACAAAGUGAAGUUGAAGCAGAAGGUAAAGAAGGAAACUAGUGCUUCUGCACCUUUACUGAUGGUCACACAGAUCCCUUCAUACCGGCUGAAUAAAAUCUGCAGUGGUCUCUCCUUCCAGAGAAAGAAUCAGUUUAUGCAGAGGCUGCACAACUACUGGCUAUUAAAGCGUCAGUCAAGAAAUGGUGUCCCACUUAUAAGGCGCCUGCACUCUCACUUACAGUCCCAAAGAAAUGCAGAACAGAAGGAGCAGGAUGAGAAGACCAGUGCAGUGAAGGAAGAACUGAAGUACUGGCAAAAACUACGGCAUGACUUAGAAAGGGCACGUCUGCUCAUCGAAUUAAUUCGUAAGCGUGAAAAACUCAAACGUGAGCAGGUAAAGGUUCAGCAAGCUGCUAUGGAGUUACAGCUCACACCUUUCAAUGUGCUGCUGCGCACAACACUGGAUCUUCUGCAGGAAAAGGAUCCAGCCCAGAUCUUUGCAGAGCCUGUAAACCUAAGUGAGGUUCCAGAUUACCUGGAAUUCAUUUCCAAGCCAAUGGAUUUUUCUACCAUGAGGCAGAAGCUGGAGUCCCACCAGUACCAAACACUGGAUGAAUUUGAGGAGGACUUUAACCUUAUUCUUACCAACUGCAUGAGGUAUAAUUCUAAAGACACAAUUUUCCAUCGAGCAGCUAUCCGGCUGAGAGACCUUGGUGGGGCCAUAUUGCGCCAUGCAGGGCGGCAAGUUGAGAAUAUUGGCUUUGACCCCCAAGUAGGAAUUCACUUGCCUGAAUCACCAAAGACAGAAGAUUUUUAUCGGUUCUCUUGGGAGGAUGUUGAUAACGUUCUCCUCCCUGAGAACCGGGCUCACCUUUCCUUGGAGGUACAGCUGAAGGAGCUACUGGAAAAGUUGGAUAUGGUGAGCACCAUGCGCUCAAGUGGUGCCCGAACUCGCCGCAUCCGCCUCUUGAGACGUGAAAUCAACUCUAUCCGGCAAAAGUUGGCCCAGCAACAGAACAAAACCCUGCCAAAUGGAGAUCCAGCUCCAUGGGAGGAGGGACUGGAAAAAAUGCUAGGAGAUGAGGAUGGGCAGAAAGCAGAUGACACCAAGCCCCCACUUCCCCCCACCCUGGAGCCCACAGGACCUGCACCCUCCGUAUCGGAGCUGGACUCUCUGCAGGACCCUCCAACUCUCAAACCCAUUAGCGAAAGCAAGUCCUUGAACAGACUACAUAAGCGGCUGAAGUCCGAGGGUGAGCUCUUUGAUGAGAAGACGCUGCAGAGGGAGAGCCACGCCUUCCAGCGCUUGCUCAGCGACAACGGCCUGAAUGGAUUGGCCCUUCAGGCCACGGGCACCUCUGCCAGCCCCCCGUUUAGUGGAGUGGGCAGGCGGACAUCUGUCCUUUUUAAAAAAGCCAAGAACGGGGUGAAACUGCAAAGAGGUCUGGACUGCCCCCUUGAGAAUGGAGAGGACCACAGCCAGAGUGGGCAGCUCUCCCCCUCCAGCAUAGAGGGUGAGCGGCCAUCCCGGAAACGGCCACAGAGUGGGAGCUGCAGCGAGAGCGAUGGCGAGAAAUCCCCCAGGCAGGCAGGAGUGACAGCACCAGUGACAAAUGGCUUCAGGAAGCAUAUGGAAAGCGGGUCUGACUCUGAGUGCAGUUCUGGCCUUGGCAGUGGCCUCUCAUCUGACAUCUGCAGUAGUCUGACUCCACACAAACGUAGCCGAGGAAAGCCUGCUCUUGCACGAAUCCCUUUUUUAGAUGGUGUAAAUGGAGACUUGGAAUACAACAGCUCAGGUACAAACCUACUGAUGCCAUUUGAGGAACACACUGAACUAGAACCUCUGGAGCUUGUGUGGGCAAAGUGUCGUGGCUACCCUUCUUACCCAGCAUUGAUAAUUGAUCCAGAGAUGCCACGAGAGGGCCUCCUUCACAAUGGAGUCCCUAUCCCUGUCCCUCCUCUGGAGGUACUGAAAUUAGGGGAGCAGAAACAAGCAGAAGUUGGAGAAAAGCUUUUCCUUGUCCUGUUCUUUGACAACAAGAGGACAUGGCAGUGGCUUCCCCGGGAAAAGGUCCUUCCCCUUGGAGUAGAUGACACAGUGGACAAACUCAAGAUGAUGGAGGGACGAAAGACCAGCAUCCGCAAAUCUGUCCAGGUGGCAUAUGACCGGGCAAUGAUCCAUAUGAGUCGAGUUCAGGGAGACCAUCCUUUUGUCACACCAAAUUAUCUGUAGGGACUGAAAGAGCCUGCUCUGCCCUUCCUGCUUUACCUGGAAACAAUACCUGCAUCUAUAGGCACUGUGAAUCUUGGAGUACACUGAACAAUUGGGGAUUCUUCCCUGCCUGAAGGAAGGUGUGGCUGCCAUGUGUGUUUGUGUUCAUAACAGAGAUGCACUAUUCCUAGCAGUAGGAAAAGCUCCUGUAAAGUAUCUAAUAUGUGCCAUAAAGCCUGUCUGGAUUCUUUCUGAAUAUGUUUCACUGAAGAGCCAGUAGGACAGGAAGUGAUGUAAGAGUCUGACAAGUAAGAGGAUGUCAGGUGCAGCUGCACUGUAACACUGUGGCCUUGGCACAGAAUCUUAGAUCAGGUUAUAGAGCAAGGGAGAAGCUGAAUUCAUUUGGUGAUUGGACUGGAAGCCCCACAAGUCUAUUGUGUUUUCACUCUUCACCUAGUCCUGAACUCAACUUACGAAGAAUUCUCUGGAGCCUGCCACUGCUAUGAAUAAUCCUGUAUCCUUUAGACGACUCUUGUGUGCCAAAUUUAAAAUAACACUCAACAUACUUUUUCAUGUUAUUUUUAAAAGCACUGGUUUGCCCCACUGCAUUUGUACAUUUACACGUUAGUCUAAAAAUCUUAUGCCUAGGUUUAUGUUUUAGAUCUUACCAACAGAAAAAGAUAUUUUGGUGAGUUUUUACCUCUCCCUCAUGUACAUUUACAUGCACACAGCUUUAAAUAUGAAGGAGAAAUCAUGUAAAAUGUUUUGUGUGAUUACAUUUAUGAAGUAGUUUUUACAUUUCAACUUCAGGUUAAUACAUUUCUGAAACUGGGCAAAACAGUAUUUUAAAAGCACCUAACGUGCUGGAACAGUGCCGUUAAAUACUAAAAUUUACUACAGCAUGAUUGAAACAGAACCUUUCUGGUUUUUGAAAAUUUCUUGCCCAUAGCUCCUGUUUAGGGGCACCGUAUACAGGAGUUCUGUCUGAGUAGGAGCUCCUCAUACACUUCUGUACACAUUUACCCUGGCUCAUAAAUCUGCAUGAUUGCUGGAUGUGGAAGCAGCCUAUCUAUAGAGGGAGCAAGCUGUGUGUAGAACCAUGUUUCCAUAUACACACCGCCCCUUCUUGGCCUGUUGUGUCCCUCAUAGCACAUGCAGAGUUUUCUCCAGUACCUGCUUGCACAGAGUGCCAUAUGUAUAUUGAAGUGUGCAGCUUUGGAUCAGGGCAUCAGUGUCAAAUCACAGUUCCUCUUUACUGUCAGAAUUUCUCCCCAUCUUAUUUUGAGUUGAAUGUGGACUGAUGUUUAUUUUCUUGCUCACUGGAGCACAUUUCAGUUUCACCCUUAGCUUUUCCAUAAAUAUUUCAUGCUCUGUGAACUUUCAUUAUUGGGAUCUGUUAAAAACAGAGCACAAUUCCUCAGAGAAUCCUAGUUUUUAGCUUGCAUGUGCUGGAAAAAACAGGGAGAACUGAAAAUUGCAAGUUCACAGAACAUUUCAUAUUUGAAUUCUGAUUUAUCUAGAUCUCUCUCUUUUUUUAAGCAUUACAAACCAAAGGUGCAGAGCAAAAUGGUAACGUUAAAAUACCAUUUUCCCCUUUGUAACUCAAUAUUUGUUGUUAUUUUAAUUUUUUUAAUACUAAAGAGAUUGUGGAUCAAAAUGUUAAUAUGGGGGAAAUCACUGCCAUUUCGAUGUGGUCCACUUUUUUAAAAAAGUACCAUAUCUUAUAUAUUGGGGACAUAAAACCACACUUUAUGGCAAAUAUCUGUAACAUAUAAAGAAAGAGAAUAGGGUGUUUUUUUUAAAAAAAGUUGAUAAUGCCUAAAGAAUGUGGCUAUGGAAGGAACUUUUGUACAUAGUUGUAAAAUACUAUUCUAAAUUAUUCAGGCCCUGAUUGUUACCAUUUUUUUAAGUCCUCAGUUGUGUUGCUGGGUCUUUUGUAUGCACAUAGUGUAAUUAAUUUAAAGCAACAUACACUUUUCCAAGGAUGUAGCUCAGCUGUGGACUUGUGACUUAUGUAUAACUGUUUUAAGAUCUUGCAUUUUACUUUUUUCAUUUUUUAAAAAUUACAUUUUAAGGAUUUGAAUUGGCUAAUAUCCUGCUGUUGCUAUGGGACCUAAAUGUGACUUGUCAGUCUGCUGUAAAGCACAGAUGGCUCUAUUUAUUAUAGAAAGUGAGUUUAUUUGCUUUCUAGAACUGUUUAUAUCAGAUGGUAUAAGAAGUAAUAAUAAAAUUCUAUGCUUAUAAAGAAAAAAUGCUAAUUUUACCUACUAUAAUCUGACUGUCUGAAACUAUAUUUUCUCUCUGAGAAAUAAAUGUUCUAAUGUAAAAUAACUGAUUGAAUUGUGUUGGGAGAUCCUUUGCUUACCAUCUGGACUUUGAAAUGUAAUAAUUUGUAAAUGUUCAUAAGCCCCGAGUGUUUAGCAGUUUUCAUCAACCUACUUUCCUAGAAACCUGUCUGCUCCUGAAGAUUUUUCUCAACUGUGUUUAAGUUUCAGAUUUGGUAGAGUGCUGAAAAGUUGACAGGUAAUUAUUAAUUAAUAAAUUUGUAUACUGCUUUUCAAGAAAAAUUCUUCCCAAAGCGAUUUACAAACCACAUAUGGAGGACACAAUAAAAUACAAUUUA